AUGGAAAUUAAACAAGAAGAAUCCUCAUCGGGAUUCUCGCCAGAAUUGGAAAAUUCAGAGAAACAAACCGCGAACAACAACAAUGCUUGUGACAAUGUUGGUCCUGGUUUCUCCAGUCCUAUUUUACUGGAUUCCGAUUCCGACGACACCGACGACGAUGACGAAGGCCGGUGGGUUUAUCAAGAGCGGCCGGAAAAGAGACAGAGAGUUCUGGCAGCGCUGCCGGUUGGGUUUCUCGAUCCUCUUAAACCCGAGGAACGUCUCGCCAUGCAACGUAUUCUUCCACGUGACGAUGAUGAUCAUGAUAUGGAAAUCAACCCAAGUGGCAGUUUUGUAAAUAAGGAGCCUUUGGUGGUGGCGAAGGCGGCGGAAAGCCGCCGUGAUAGUGGUGGGGAAGUUGUAGUGAAGAGGAAGAGUAGCAGUGUUAGGGAGUUUUGGAAGGCUGGGGAUUAUGAAUUAUCCGGUGGGGAAUAUUCUUGCACCCCUUCCGAAUCACAAACUGUUGGAAUUGAUCAUGUUAGAGUUCAUCCUAAAUUCUUGCAUUCCAAUGCCACCAGCCACAAAUGGGCUUUAGGAGCUUUCGCGGAGCUCCUGGACAAUGCUAUGGAUGAGGUACCUAAGGGGGCUACCUAUGUCAAUGUGGAUGUGUUAAAGAGCAAGAAAUAUCAUAAUGCAAUGUUGAUGGUACAAGAUAAUGGUGGUGGAAUGACUCCUGAUGACAUCCGCCGAUGCAUGUCUCUCGGCUACUCAGCCAAAAGCAAGUUAACAAAUACCAUUGGACAAUAUGGAAAUGGUUUCAAGACCAGUACAAUGAGGCUCGGGGCAGAUGUUAUUGUAUUCUCACGCUGUGGAGGGAAGGAUAAUAGAAGUUGCACACAGAGUAUCGGAAUGUUGUCAUAUAGCUUUUUAAUGGAGACAGGGAAAGCAGAUAUAGUUGUUCCCAUGAUUGAUUUUAUGAAAAAGGGAGAUGACUGGGACAUUAUGAUACGUUCUAGCCUAGAUGAUUGGAACCGGAACCUUGAUUUGAUAUCACAGUGGUCUCCGUAUGAAACUGAAGAAGAACUUCUUCAGCAGGUGAAUCAAGGUACGCGAAUCAUAAUAUACAACCUUUGGGAGGAUGAGCAGGGAUCACCAGAGCUUGAUUUUGACUCUGAUGAACAUGAUAUACAAAUCAGAGGUGUAAACCGGGAUGAGAAGAAGAUUCAGAUGGCAAAAACCUAUCCUAAUAUCAGGCAUUACCUAACUUAUCGGCAUUCCUUGAGGCAUUAUGCUGCCAUGUUGUACCUGAGGAUUCCACCUGGCUUUCGCAUUAUCCUGAGAGGCAAAGAUGUCAAGCACUACAAUGUAGUCAAUGAUUUAAUGCAUUCAACAUCAAUUACGUAUUGUCCAAAAACCAAUCCUCAGGUAGCACUGAUGAUGUAUUCAAACGUAUCUGCAGAGUUGCAUAUUGGCUUUAUAAAGGACGCACAAUAUCAUCUUGAUGUCCAAGGAUUCAACGUUUAUCACAAGAAUCGGCUUAUUAAGCCUUUGUGGAGGGUUUGGAAUCCUGCAGGAAGUGACGGCCGAGGCGUCAUUGGUAUCAUAGAAGCUAAUUUUGUUCAACCAGCUCAUGAUAAGCAAGGAUUUGAACGUACAACUGCCUUUGAUAGGCUUGAAACGCGUUUAAUAACCUACCAGAAGAAUUUCUGGUCUCAAAAUUGCCACAAAGUUGGCUAUUCUCAAAGAGUGUGGCGACAGAAGCCUGUAUCGGCAGAGAAAAAAGAUACAGCUUCUCCACUAACUCAAGUUCCAGCCAAGGUUAGGCCAAACUUAAGGUCCGACAGCAGAAAUGACCACAGAUCAACUGUUAAAAUAGAGAUGACAGAUAUCCAGGAUACACCAACAGAAACACAGUCACGAUGUGUGAUGAAUUGUGAGGAUAAUGAAGUUCCCGUAAAUGACUCACAAAUGAUAGCCAAAUUAAUUGCAGACAAUAAUUCCCUGGAAGAAAGGUUAGACGAAGUCUUACAGGAGUUGCAACGUGAAAGAGAGCGAAACCAAGCACUUGAAAACAAUCUUCGAGAAGAAAGGGAACAAAGAGAUUUGACAGAGCAGAAUUUGAGGAACGAGUUAAAGGCGGCUGGUUCUAUGGCUAUGCUCUCUCCUCAAUUGAUAAAGGUGGUAGCCAUUACGAGUGCUGCCUCCCCAUCCUCCAACUGA